UAUAAACAUCAUCUCCUUCACUGUUCUUCUUUCGUCAACAACAUGGGAGACAAUCGCAAUGUUAAUCUGCCGCCGGGGUUCAGAUUCUGUCCCACCGACGAAGAGCUCGUCGUUCAUUUCCUUCAACGGAAAGCCGCUCUCCUGCCUUGCCACCCCGAUGUCAUCCCUGAUCUCGACCUUUAUCCAUACGAUCCCUGGGAACUAGAUGGUAAAGCUUUGGGUGAGGGAAAGCGGUGGUAUUUCUACAGCCGGAGGACGCAGAACCGGAGCACCGGCAAUGGGUACUGGAAGCCGACGGGAACCGAUGAGCCAGUGGUGAAUAGCGAUGGCAGCCGGAAAGUUGGCGUGAAGAAACAUUUCGUUUUCUACAUUAAGGAAUCGGGUCCCGCCGGUAUCAAAACUAAUUGGAUUAUGCAAGAAUAUCGUAUCUCCGAUACCGAUUCCGGCAGCAGUAGAUCGCCCAAACGUAGCGGAGGAGGACAUUCCAAUAUUGAUUAUAGCAAAUGGGUUGUUUGUCGAGUUUACGAGCGAAAUGAAGAAGAAGAAGACGACGACGACGACGGAACAGAACUAUCAUGCUUGGAUGAAGUGUUUCUGUCAUUGGAUGAUCUGGAAGACAUAAGCUUACCAAAUUAA